UUGACCUUCUGGCUCACGUUGCUUCGCCUCAUAGAGGGCACAGAGGUCGGUCCUAAGCAUUCACUGGGGACUUUCUAUCCUGGAGGCUGAGUGUCAUUUGUUUCCCCAGAGUCAGGACUCUGGACCCAGAAAUACCUGAAUUGACACUUGGGCUUGCAGUUGCAGGCUGCAGGCCUACCUAGGUGUUGGUAUCUGGAAAAACGGGGCUGGGGGGCCUGAACGUGGAGUGUGUCAAAGAGGUGGUGUAUUGGUGGGUGGGCGGUGCUCACCCCGUGCCCUUUCUCCCGAGAGCCUUCCCUGAACUUCUUCUCUUUGCACCUGAGACUCCUCCUUUGUCCCUACAUCCCUCUUCUCAGCUGAAGGGUCUCACUCAUCCAUCUGCUUUGUUGAACAAUCACCAAUCACAGCUUUUAUGCCAAAAGCUUGGGGAUCAUCAGGAAAUCUCCAGCUUUUAAAGUCGCAGCCUUGAGGGGCAGACAGUGGCCAGUGGAGCCUGGUCACUUGACUACAAGCUGGACACCUGGCCUGAAUCCAGGGCACCUAAAGUUGAGCUGGGGGAACCUAAGGCCCGGCAUGUGACUCAGGUCCAGGCAUCCUGGCCUCCAAUCCCGCUGGGGAUGGAGCCCAGGACCCCGCGGAGCACGAACUCCCUGCUAGGCCUCUCUUCCAUCCGCAUCGCUGAGCUGCCCCAGAGCCUGAUGGGCGGACGGCGGGACCUCCGACCCCUGACCCUUGACCCCGCCCACGGCAACACCGCCCAGGUUGGACCUAACCUGCGGAAGCAGUGUUGGAAGCCUGUUCGUCCUGGGGCCGCGAACCAGGAGAAGAGCUUGCACAGAACGGAACCAAAACUCUGCUCACGUGGUGUUACCAUGUGAAAACGCUCGUGGACAUCAAACCUAUACCGGUCCUGUGAGUGCUCAGUCUCCCGUUUAUUCUUCCUGGUGCGCUUCCAGCUUUAUUUAUUGGGAGCAGGAGCCCAUGAAGUCCAGCGAGCUUCCCAGCAUGAGACAAGCCCUUUCCUAGAGCUUCUAAAUAUUUCUUUAAAAAUAGUUGCUCUGAGGCUGGUAGGCUGGUUUUGUUGCUGUUGUGGUUUUAUGGCUGCACCUGCGGCACAUGGAAGUUCCCUGGCCAGGGAUUGAAUCUGAGCUGCAGCUGCAGCAACACAGGAUCCUUUAAUCCACUGUGCUGGGCCAGGGACUCCUAUAAGUUGUUUCUAAUUGUACUUCAAAGACUUCCUAUUUAUCUCUGGGUCUGUAGUAGCAACUGGGCAUUUUGCUUGGAUCACUGGUUUGUCUUCAGGAGACCCUGCUGUUGGAAGUUUUGAUUAAAAAGUGCCUUGUACUACAGGUUUCUUGAUCUGCAUGUGGACUUCUGAUUUUUUUUUUUUUUUUGUCUUUUUGUCUUUUGUUGUUGUUGUUGCUAUUUCUUGGGCGCUCCCGCGGCAUA